GAAAGAGAGAGAGUUUGUUAGUCCAGGCUUGAAAAAGGGUGCAGUAUGGUACAGUAGUCCUUGCGUUUCUUCUGCUCCUGACGUUUCUACGUUGACCUUCCGACUUCACUGGGCCUGCUGCUGGUUCUGUUACGUCCUGCAGAGCACAGAGUGGAAGAGUACUCGGAUCUGUUACGGUGCAAGGAGGUAGCUCAACAACUACAUCCCACUGUCGCCCAAAACAUUCCAGUCCAGAGAUGGAGGAAGAUGAAGUAGGAAUUCCAACAAGUUUGAAGAUUUUUCUGUGACUUUUCUCUGUAUCUACUGUCUUCUUAUCUUCCAGAUUUCGCUGCCGCUGCUGCUCCUGGCAGCGGACUGUACUGAAUCGGAUCCCCUGUAUUUGAAUUUAUACAUACAGGAAUGUUACAGGCUCAUGUAGUGCUUCGAUUUGGGGCGUAUUAGUUCCCUGAAUUUGUUCGUGGUGCGGAUCUGGCAUCACCGUCGUCAUCAUCAUCAUCAUUAUGCACCUUCUCCUACUUCUUCUUCUUGUGCAGCAGGAUGUUGCACGGAUCCAUCCAUCGUUGGGAAUGAGGAUGCCCCAGUUCAUCAGUAUCGGUCAAACUAUCUUUGAUUUACUUCAACUCUGUCAUCGAGCUACCGGGUUUUGUAACUUCUGCGACUGUUUCCAUACCUCAUCCAUCGUUUCGUACAAGAAGCAGAAGCAGUGGUGGAUGUUUGAAUCCACCCCGGAACUGCUGAACGUGAUGACAUCCAUCCAUUCAUCCAUCCUUGGUUGAUUUUGGGGUUGGGUUUGGAUAUGGAUGUCAUUUGCACGGAU